UACGUAUGCCAAUAUAUGUAUGCAGGUUCACCUCUGAUUUUUCUGUACUCCAGUUCCUUAAGAGUUAGAUGUCACACUAUGGUUUGACCCAAAUGUGCCUCUUUAUACACAUUUCAGAUCUCAACACUCUUCCAAAGUGACUGCAGCUAUAAGCAGGUGGCCAGCAUAAUUUUGCAACUGCUUCCAUUAUUAAUGCUUUCUCGCUCCCUAUCCUUCUGCCUUGCAUGAAGCUUUCAACCUGUCUUUCUCAGCACAUUGACAGCCAACCCUUUCAUCUCUGUACUUUUCCAUCUGCCACUAUCCAUGUCCAAAGGACAUUUGAAGGAGGAACCCUGGCAAGAGCAUUGGGCUGCAGCAAAGGAACUAAAGAACAUACAGAACAAGACUGAAGAUGUAUUUUCACUACUUAAUCUGCCUCUGGAUUCCCCUGUCCUUUAGUGACUCUGAAACCCAUAACCCAUGCCAUAAAAUCUGCUUCUGCACAGAAGGGGCAAUGUUUGUGAACUGUUCAGGAGUCACUGUCAGCUCCGAUCUCAUUUUCCCUCCAGAGACAGAGCACUUGGAUCUGUCAAACAGUCAGCUGCAUUCUGUUCCAAGCAAAGGUCUCAGAUCCCUGUGGAAGUUACGGGUUCUCCUUCUGAGUGACAACUACAUCAGGAGAGUUGAAGAGAGAGCAUUCAUCUCCCUGGAGAGACUCCAUAAGCUUGAUAUUGGUAGAAAUGAGAUCUCCUUUCUUGGAAACAGUUUUUCAUUGGGUCUCGUUACUCUCUACGAACUCACUUUGGCCUACAAUAGGCUGCAGGAGCUACAGUACAAGAACUUCAAGCACUUUGAAAAUCUUCAGAAGCUCAAUUUGCAAAAUAAUAAUAUAUCAUUGAUAGAAACGGGUGCGUUUCGCAGUCUCACCUGCUUGAGGCAACUUUGUCUUCAGAAUAAUCACCUUCAUAACCUCAACAAUGGAGAUUUUUCUAUGCUGCAACACUUAGAAGUUUUGAACUUGGAGGGCAACAGAAUCAAAACCAUUGGCCCUGGAGUCUUUACUUCUUUAAGCAGCCUCACAAUACUUAACCUGGUGCACAACCAAAUUGAACAUAUUCGAUUCAAGACAUUAUUAUCUCUCCAGACCUCUGGAACUCACAUCUUUCUCUCGGACAAUCCAUGGUUUUGUGACUGUGACCUUCAGAGGGUUUUUGCUAAACUGCACAGUGUCAGAAGGCUGAUCCUAGAUGACUAUCACAACGUGACAUGCAUGGAGCCCCAUAUCCUGAGAAACCGCCCUCUGUCAUCUGUGGACACCCAGCUGUGCAUUGCAGAGACGGUGACGGUUCUUGUCAUAACUUUCACAGUCUUUGUUACUGUGGUAGCUGCCAUUGUCAUGGCUGAAAGGAACAGAAAGAAGAGGACAGGCAAGCACUGGAGUGAGGACAGCAAAGUCUCCUAUGAUGCUCAUAACUGAAGCAGCACAUCUUGAGAGAACCUUUUCAUCUACUUUGAGUUAUGAGAUUUAGUAAAUCCCUUCAGAUUUUGCAUUCUCUCUUUCCUUGCAAGAAGUUUUUAAUUAUUAUUUCCAAGCAUAGUUCACCAUUACAAGAAGGAGCAGAAAAUGUAGGUAUGUAGCUAUGAAUGUCUACUAUAACAGAGAAAACUGCUGUAGCAAUUCCAGGUUACUAUAUAAAAAUGAAAGCGUGCUAAUUAUAUUGGGUCCCGUCCUGCUUCCUCCAUUGGAAGAAUGACCCUCGGGGUCCCUUCCAUCUCUACAAUGCUAUGAUUCUGGACUACUUUCCGUAACAGAAGGUGGGCCUAAAGAAACCAGGCGUGUUUAACUAGAUGUGUGAAAUCUCUUCCCUUAAAGAGACUUUUCCAGUGCCUGGCGUAUGUUAUUCUCAUGGAUGCUAGCAUAUUUUACAUUACCUCUUGGUUACAGAUGGAGGAGAAUUCUGCUUGAUUUGCAUUUUUAAGCAAAGGAACCCAAUUCAAAUGUCCUGAUUGCAAUACAGUCCAGAUUCAGAUUUCACACCUCCUUGAAUUUUUCUUGGCAUUAAAAAUUACCCAAAUGCAUUAACAUGUGUAUUUUAAGAUAAAUACAGGUACAUUCUUUUUAAAAAUAUAUUUUAUAUGUAUUUUUCCACAAUACAGUAACAACACAAUAUAACAUCAUAUGAUGACUAAGUUGCCUCCAGAGCCAUCAAUUAUUAAUGUCCUAGAUUUAUUUAGGACGUGUAAUUUAGCUAUAUUUUAUCCCACAAAUAUCUGGCAGAGUUAAACUGGAGUCUUGAUUAUCUGCAUAGACGAUAAAGCAGAACCAUUGUUUGUGAAACUUAUCUUUUUUUGUCCUCUUUGUGCUUUCAGUUGAGCAGUCAUCUUUUCCAUGAGGGAAAUUCGUCAUGUUGAGGAACAGAUCAGUAGAACCAUUUGUGUGCUGAGGCUCUUCCAGUAGAAAUUAUAUGAACACGCAGAUUAAAUACUUACUUAAAAGUUGUGCGGUUCUGAUUUAUAUAUAUUUGAAUAGUAAUUUUCAUACAGUUUAAAAUGAAACACUGUAGCUUAAAGUGGAAAUGAGAUGGGAUUGUGAGAUGAACAAGCACGAGGGAUUCGUGAGCACAUUAGUAUUUAAUGCCGUUAAUAACUUAGGCCCCAAAUAUCUGAAAAACAGCCUCCUUCCCUACUGACCUUCUUGCAUGCUAAAGAUCAGCAGAUCAACCAUCUCUUUGUAGUUCUGCCACCCUUGGAAGUGCAGAGAAUGGGGGUCCUUUCUUUGUGGCAGCCCCUAAAUUAUGGGACUCUAUCCCCCCAGAAAUGCGCCUAGCACCUGAGUUUUUGCCACAUGCUGAAGACAGACCUCUUCAUCUUAGCCUUUGACAGCUAAGGCAUUUUGUUUGGUGGGACCCCGUGUGACGUAAUGGUCAUUAGGUGUUGGACUAGGACCUGGGAGCGCAAGGUUCGAAUCCCCACUCAGCGGUGAAGCUCACUGGGGGGCCUUGGACCACUCAGUCCUCAUCUCUUAGCCUAACCUACUUCACAGGGUGGUUGUAAGGGUAAAAUGGAGAGGAGCCGAGGAGGAGAACCAUGUGCAACACCUUGAGAUCCUUAGAAGAUGAAGGUGGUAUAUAAAUGUAAUAAAUAAUAAUAAAAUCUCUUUGGCUGAAUUUUUACUGCUCUCGUACAUUUGGAAUAGUUUCACUUGUUUUUUAAUCGCAAUAGGCUUUUCUGUUUUUAUCACUGGAUGCUGAACUUCUGUAGCCUGCUUUGGGACCUGAUGGUGAUGGGUGGGUGAGGAACAUUACAAAUAAAUAACAAUCAUAUAGGAAGCUAGUUCUGUACUUUUUUGGUUUAACAACAACCUGAAUCAAAAUGCCACUAAUUAACCAGUUUCAGGGCACAAUUCAAAAGAAUCUCAUCUCAAUGUCCAUACAGGGAAUCAUUAAGACAGUUGAGAUGCAGGUGCAAGAACCGUUUUAUCCCUUCAAUAAAUUGGUAUCAAAUUUCA